GCGCAUUACAAACGUUCAUAAACUAAAGGAGAACUUCAUUUCUUCUUGAAUAAUACUUUAAAGGAUUUCCCUUUUCUCUUAAACGGAUAAUAUAUUUUACUCGUCAACUAGAUUUACGUUGAAACGUAUCAUUAAAGGCCAGGGAGGACUCCCUUUAGCAAGAUGAACGCUGCACCUAUGCUCUUCUGCGCUCGUUGCAGCAAUCUGUUAUAUCCUGAAUGUGACCCCCAAUGUAGCAUGCUCUGGCGAUGCAACUAUUGUCAAACAACUGAAAUACACGACGAAUGUAAGAUGGUCCAUGUUUUAAACUUGAAGAUAAAGAGUGAUACUGUGGGUGAAACAGACCUUUUAGAAGAAUUUGCAAGCGACCCGACCGCGCAACGGGAUCCUACGAAGAAGUGUCCCAAGUGCGAGCUUAACGAUGUCACGUGUUUUGUGAAUCCGUUAGGUCAGCCACAAGAGGAUAUGACACUGUACUUUGCAUGUGCCAACCCUAAAUGCCGCUUUGUGUGGAGAAGUGAAGAUGUCAGGGAACAAAACUGAAGUGUUAUCGUCUGGUAUAUCGGGCAUACAGAUAUUUUUAUGCGAAGAUGGCUGGAGGACUCUUGAAUAGCUUCUACAAGUGAUUAGAAAUCAAAAAUGAACGAGGAUGAUAAAACUUAGGCACAGUGAAACUUGGAAAAAAAAGUGGGGGAGGAAGCCUUUGACGUUGGUGUAAUAUUUUUUAAUUAUCUUUUCUAUUCAGCGUCUGUUAGAUGGAAUUACGAAUACUAAGUGGCACUACCUAUGUCUGAUACUAAGCAUAAAUCUGGGCUCGUUAGGUUUGUUUAUGUCGCUUAGUCAAAACAUUGAA